AUGCUGUGGUCUUUCUUCUGGCAACCAGUAACUAUUGAGGCUUCGGGAUUAAUACCGUUGUUUGUUUUACCUAUGUGUGGAGUGAUGGGUAGCAACCAGACAUGUCACUUAUAUUUCACAGAAAACACUGGCUUAUUCAUAUUAGGCGGUAUGCUUAAUUUGCUCAUGAACAAUUCAGGAGUAGAUCGUCGUAUUGCAACGUGGUUCCUUUGUUCUGGUGACACAAGGCAGUUUUCAGGAAAGAGGCUUGUCUACAAAGCCAGUGCCGCAGCGUUCUUUCUAUCAAUGUGGUGUAAUAAACUUAUAGUGACGUCGAACUUAAUCGAUACUGUUUCAAGAGUGCUGACAAAUUUGCAGUCAGCCACAUCAAGAUCCAGGGGCUCCGAAGCAAAUUAUGAUGAAAUGCGAUACAUAGUCAAUAAUGCUAUUCAAACAUCGUCGUCAAUUGGUUGCAUUGGUGUAAUACAUUCAUCAUUUUCAAUAUUAUUUUUCCGAACUAUUUGGUGUAAGACUGUUCCCAAAGGAAUGGAGUAUCCUGAUAUCUUCAACUACUUGCAGUACACAUGCUUCGCUAUUCCUGUGGCUUUAGUCAUUUUUUUGCUGAACGUGUAUUAUCAUAUGUUACUUAUAGACACAGUUAUUGAUAAACCUAUGAGUGAGUUCGCAAUGAGUGAACUAAGUAGAUCAUUUAAAGAACAAAAAGACGCUUUGCCAAAGAAAAUUGGUGGACACGAAAAGGCAUCCGUCUUCUUUACUGCCUUAGCAUUUCUUGUUUUUGUAUUUCGUUGGUGUAAAUGGUUGAACAUGGGAUGGUCCACGUUUCGUAGAGAAACAGUAUCACCGGAAAUACCUGGUAUUAAGGAUGCUACAGUUGCUGCAUUGUUCGUUUGCUCAUUGCACAUUUUACCAAAAACACUUGGAUUUACGAAGUACUUAACAAUAAAGAAGAAAAGUGAACUGAAGCCGAUAAAGCCCGAAUCUGCUAUUCUGUGGUGGAGUUUUGUUAAUAAAAAUGUAAAUUAUGGAUAUAUGUUUCUGCUUGGAUCAGGAGUUGCCCUUAGUGUCAAUGCAUUACAAACGAAACUAUCACAUACUAUAGCUGCUGGUGUAGGACAAACAUUUACUAAUCAGCCUUGGAACGUCUCCAUUCUACUCGUUGUUAUGGCUGCUUUGAUUGUCGCUAACAUUAUGCCUGGAGUAGCUGCCUGUUGCAUAUUCCUGCCUUUUGUCAUCAGUAUGGCCGUGGAACCUGACGCACCUGUACCUUGGCCAAAGAGGGCUUAUCUUGGUGCUCUUGGUGUUGGCGUUGCAAGCUCCUUCACGUUCUUAUUUCCAUUUCUGAAUACACCAGCAUACUUCUGCCGUAAAACUGGAAAAGUUCCGAUAAAAAAAAUGGUAAAGUAUUCUUUCAUUAGCCUCAUCAUUUGUGGAAUUGUAUUGUGGCUGGCACUGUGCUUUUGGGCACCGGUAAUUUGGGAUCCAACCGGUGAAGGUUUCUCGCCAGUAGCUAGUCCACAGGCUGAAGCCGGGGAGAAGGCGCCUUCGGCUCCAGCACCUGCGGAAGGCGCCCCAGACGUUCCGCCGCCGCCGCCGCCACCACCACCGCCGCCUGCUGCACGA